GGGAAGCCCAGGCAGCAAUGGAGCCCCCUGCUGGUGAAGGGCAGGAUGCGCAGACGGCUCAGAGGCUCCCAAAGCAGGCCAGGUUACACUUCCUGCUCAAGGUCUCCCAGGACCUUUACUAGAAGUGUGACCUUAGACAAGUGGCAAGACUCCCUGGGCCUCCGUUUCCUCAGGUGGAAGGAAGAAGUGCCAUCACUCUCCUCUCUGUGGAGGUGUCCAAGGAGCGCCUUUGCGCCAGGGGAGCCUGCCCACGGUUUGCCAGAGUAAGAGCCUCCUUGCUUCUCUAGUUGCACAGAUAUGAAAUUGAGGCCCCCUAAUUGGGAUGUGACUUGUGCGAUAUCGCUCAGCUAGUUAGGACCAGACCUCGGAUCAGCCUCUGAGUCUCCUGACUGUUCUAGACUUUAACAUGUCAUCUCAAGCUUCUCUCCCAUAGUGGCAGGGGAACACAUGCCUCCCCGCCUCAGCUGGAAACAGCCACAAGCAAGAAACUGCUUCAAACAGUAUAUUCUAUUUCUUUGCCCGGAAGAUUCUCCCCAUCUCUUAAAGCUCUUUAUCCAGCCGCCAAUCAGCUUUAAAACAUGAAGGAAAAACCUGGAAAAUAACUGUAAAGCAUUCCUUGGAGAAGUUUCCAAACAUGAAUAAGAAAUAGCAAGCCCCUUCAUUGAGCUCAGGAGAUGUUUCACAAAGCAGAAGAAUUUUUACCCAGAGCGACAAAUAGUGAGAUGGAUGAGAUGGACACCUCAGACACCCAGUGGGGCUGGUUUUACUUGGCAGAGUGUGGGAAGUGGCACAUGUUUCAGCCGGAUACCAACAUUCAGUGUACAGUUAGCAGUGAAGAUAUCGAAAAGAGCUUCAAAACAAACCCUUGUGGCUCCAUUUCUUUUACUACUUCCAAAUUCAGCUACAAGAUAGACUUUGCAGAAAUGAAGCAAAUGAAUCUCAUCACUGGAAAGCAGCGCUUAAUAAAAAGAGCCCCCUUUUCUAUCAGUGCUUUCAGUUAUAUCUGUGAAAACGAGGCUAUCCCCAUGCCCCCACACUGGGAGAACGUGAACACCGACGUGCCCUAUCAGCUUAUUCCUUUGCACAAUCAAACACAUGAGUAUAAUGAAGUUGCUAGUCUCUUUGGGAAAACAAUGGAUCGCCACAGAAUUAAAAGAAUUCAGAGAAUUCAAAAUCUGGACUUGUGGGAGUUCUUCUGCAGGAAAAAGGCUCAGCUCAAGAAGAAACGAGGCGUGCCUCAGAUUAAUGAACAGAUGCUCUUUCAUGGGACCAGCAGUGAAUUUGUGGAAGCAAUUUGCAUUCAUAACUUCGAUUGGAGGAUAAAUGGUAUACACGGUGCUGUGUUUGGAAAAGGAACCUAUUUUGCUAGAGACGCUGCUUACUCCAGUCGCUUCUGCAAGGAUGACAUAAAGCACGGAAACACAUUCCAAAUUCAUGGCGUCAGCUUGCAACAGCGGCAUCUGUUCAGAAUGUAUAAGUCUAUGUUUCUUGCUCGAGUGCUAAUUGGGGAUUACAUAAACGGAGACUCGAAAUACAUGCGACCUCCUUCCAAAGACGGGAGCUAUGUAAAUUUAUACGACAGCUGUGUGGAUGACACCUGGAACCCAAAGAUCUUUGUGGUAUUUGAUGCCAACCAGAUCUAUCCUGAGUACUUAAUAGACUUUUAUUGAUUUCACUUCCCAAUCUCCGUGGACGAGGAAGUUCUAGUCUGUUUUUGCAGGAAGAUUUACUUUCCUGUCAUCUAGCCACUAACUGCUCAUUAUCUGAUACUUUUGAAACAGAUAUGGAAAAAAGUGGCGUCCAUAUAAAAAGACAUACUGACUCGAAGGUUGGUUUUUUGUUGUUCUGUUUUUGUCCUUUGCUCAUAGUCUUGUCAAAGAUUGAUAACCAUUGCCGUUUUAACACAGAGAUGAAAGGUAGCACUCAAAACUGAAUCAUCUGGGUCUCAAUUAACAUGAUCAUUCAGAGUCUGUAAAGUUUAUGUGUGUGUUCUAUUUAUUCAUAUAUAUGUUCAAAAAAAUAAAAAACAGACAUAACUGUGUC